AUGGAAAAAGGCAUGGAGGUCGACAGGCACAGGAGAAAACAGAUUGAUGUGAUAUUUCGCAGAGCACAGCAAGUAGAGCUCUGUUAUCUUGUCGACUGCACUGGCAGUAUGAUGGCCCACAUCCAGGAAGUGAAGGCACUGGCUCAACAUGCUGUGGAUGACAUCAAACGAUCCUACAAACAAUUGAACCUGAGUGUGGCUUUCGUUGGAUAUCGCGAUUUCUGCGACGGAAAUGACCGGCUGUCGAUACUGGAGUUCAGCAAUGACUUGGAACAAGUUCAGAGGUUCAUCGACAACCAGGAAGCAGGUGGUGGAGGGGAUGGCCCAGAGGAUGUGCUCGGUGGCUUAGAUGCUGUCCUCAAACUUGGAUGGGAUGCCCCAACAAAGGUGGUUAUCCAUGUGGCAGAUGCUCCCUGCCAUGGUUCCAGGUUUCAGCCAGCAGGUGACUUGGAUGAUACAGAGCAUCAGAUUGCAAAGGAUGGCAUGGAUGGGAAUGGACUUUGCGCUGAGGAACUGAUUCUCAAGAUUCUUGAAAAGGGCAUUUCAUACAAUUUUUAUCAUGUCUUCCCUAGAAACACACAGAAGAUGAUUGCCGAAUUCAACAAGUUGUCCCAGGCAUAUGGCUGUGGCAUUGUUGAGGUUAAUCUGGAGGAAACUGGGCUGAUGCGGAGGUCUGUCGCCAUUUCAGUUAUGAAUUCCAUUGGAGACACCAUGCACGCCUUGUCAACAGAAAUUGCGGCUGGAGAGGGGUUCAAUGCCAGCAACACCGAUGGCAUCUUUACUGUGCAGGCAGUUCCUGACUGGGUGACGAUUGUUGAACAACCAGCCAUUGUCACCUGGUUUCAGCUGCCGGCCGACAUUUCAGACUUGCGAUUCGGAAUGGACCUCAGAAAGACAAGUGGUGUGAUGAAAAUCAAGGUUGCCCCAAAUCCAUUUGCUGAAGGGUGCAUGCAGCACGCAUUUCACGCAUAUUGUGUUGAAGGUGUGGCUGCAACGCAUGGCAGACUUGUGGCCAAGAGAUUCAAGGGAUCCAGGAUCAGCUCCUUCAUGGCGUACGAGGAGCACAUGGAAGUCCAAUCUGUGGCUGAAUUCCUGGCCCUGGAGUUUACUAAAUUGCUGCAGGCUCGGAGUCCUGGCAGCCCAAUGGUGGCAUUCCAACGGGUCUAUGCCGCCCAGGCGGCGGGAAUCAGGGGCCCAUAUUACGCAAAUCUGGAGCCAUUUAUAGAAGGGAAUUUCGAGAAAUUCAGCAGCGGCGCUAGCCGCGCCUCUGGUGCGCAUGAAGUGCUGCAGGCAUUCAGCCACUGGACGCACCAUGCAACGAAAGGUUAUCUCAUGGUUGUCCACCUACAGGGAGUGAUGGUGGGCAAAGACUACGUGCUCUCCGAUCCUGUCAUCCACAGCACAGAACUUGUGCGCCACUCUCCUCACAUCCGUACCAGAUUUGGUGCCAUGAAUCUGGGGCCCCGUGGCAUGGACGCGUUUUUUGCGGGCCACAAAUGCAAUUCCGUGUGCAAGACGCUGGGACUUACAGUUCCGGAGUCCGGCCUGGGAGCCCCAUUGCGAGAGGCGAUGCCCUGA